CAAGUAGUAUUCAGCUGUUGUCAUACGUGAAAACCUCCUGCGAGCCACCGCGCUCGAAACACUGAAGGCGUCGUUCCGUUGGGAGAGCUCGUCGAUCAACAACUUUAUUAAUUGGCGGGUCCCCCGACUUCGGUCAUCCUCGACACAUACCACUAUCGCUAACGACAGCACCCUCGAUUAUUUCAGUCUCACCAUGUCUGCAAUCAACAUUUCUCCGACACCGACGCCCUUGACGAACACUAAUGGCGUACUCCCUCAUGACGUCCCCGCAGAUGCAACUCCUCCUACAUUCGACGUAUCCAUAUUUAGAUCCUAUCUCCUCUCCCUUCUACCUCCAGUACUUGGUGCUUCUUCAGAGGAGCUCUUCUCCCUGUUCGACGACGAAUUCGAAGAGAGAGUGUCACGGUUUGCUGCAGAAGGUGGAGGUGUGAUCUACGUCGUAAAAGUCAAGGAAGAUUCAGACGAGGACGUGCCUUCACGAUAUUACUACCAGCUCGCCUCACAACUCACGUAUUCUCCUUCGAAUGUGAUGGCGCUGGCACUCAUCAAACGCGGUCACGCCCUCGAUCCUUUGGCACCUCUCGCCACUCAGUUGCACAUUUUGAACCUCUUCGGUGGGGAGGAAACCCCUUACGAAUCCCUUCAUGCAGUAGUAAGUUGUGGAGUGAAACCAUGGUUUGACGCGUUUGUUGGCGCUCGGGGUUCCGGCAAGGAAGGCGACACCAAAAUGGGCAUACCAAUGACGAAGAAGAAAUUUGCCGAGCUUGAGUUAUCGCUGCUGCAUCUACAACAGAACGUCGAAAUACCAGAGACCCAUCUCAUCAUACACCCUGUCAUCCAACGGGCUGUCGAACAGGCCCAAACAACCAACGUGCGACCGAAUAUAUCGUUCAUUCCAGCACGACACCUUAAUGAUAGCACCUUCCUCAAUACUUUGCACUCUCACGUGAAUCAAUGGAUCAAGUCUAUCCAGGCAGUCACCAAGCUCUCCCGAGACGUCUCAUCUGGCACUGCAUCACAAGAAAUCAACUUCUGGCUUAGUCUGGAGCGGGCGUUGGAAGGAAUCGAGGCACAGCUACGAAGUGAAGAAGUAAAUAUGGUUAUGGAGUGUCUUCGCAAUGCCAAACGAUACCAUGCAACCACGAGUUUCAUCGCUGAUACCGGUCUCAAUUCUGCGAUGGAUUUGGUGCACAAAUACAAUCAGUUGAUGAAGGACUUUCCACUAAACGAGCUCCUUUCGGCGACCGAUCUGGAUAAAAUUCAAGAGUCCUUGGUCCUCAUCUUCGGUCAUAUCAACCGCAAGCUUAAACUGUCACCAUAUCCGAUUCGUCGUGCUCUUCCACUCGUCGAAGCGAUAUCACGGGAUUUCAACGAUCAGCUCCUGCGCGUACUUACUUCCCACCGACUUCCGUACACACCGUACGAGACUUUCGAUCGGCUUCUCUCACAAACUCUGAAUAUUUUCCGGACAUGGGAUGAUCUCAUCAAGGAGUUCACGAAUGUCGCGCGUGAAGUGACGCGUAAGCGAUCGGAGAAAUUCAUUCCUAUCAAGGUAGUGCCUGCACACGCGAAACUCCAGGAACGGGUACGCUAUCUUCGUGAUUGGAGAAAGCAGCAUGAACAACUCGCGGUGAUGACCGGGCCCACGAAAGGCUUGACGACUCUUGCGAAAGAAGUCGGGGGCAUGGAUAUGGAGGAGGAAGUUAAGGAAGCAUAUGAGGUGAUAAAACGUAUUGAUGUUCUUGAUGUCUCGGUCGAGGGCACGGAGAUUUGGGUGGCGGCCGAAAACGCUUACAACGAACGGGUAGCGAGGGUAGAGAAUCAGAUUAUUGCACGGCUACGUGACAGGCUUGGUACGGCACGCAACGCAAAUGAGAUGUUCAGAGUGUUCUCCAAGUUCAAUGCCUUGUUUGUACGGCCAAAGAUUCGAGGUGCCAUUCAGGAGUAUCAAACUCAACUUAUUGAUUCGGUAAAAGAAGACAUUAAGCGAUUGCACGAUAAGUUCAAAACUCAAUAUCGUUUUUCAGAAGCUUACCACAUGUCUCAAAUGCGUGACCUUCCACCCAUUGCUGGUGCCAUCAUUUGGGCUCGCCAAAUAGAGCGGCAACUCCUGGCUUACAUGAAGCGAGUAGAGGAUGUACUGGGCAAAGGCUGGGAGCUAUACGCAGAAGGGCAGAAACUUCAAUCCGAGUCUGCAGCAUUCCGAAAGAAGCUCGACGUUCGGCCCGUAUACGAUGCCUGGCUACAUGACAUCAACCGGAGAGAUAUGGCAGUUAACGGACGCCUCUUCGAGAUUGUGAGAUUGCGCGGAGGAGGGUUCCAACUUGCGGUCAACUUCGAUCCACAGACCAUCACGUUGUUCAAGGAGGUACGGAACUUGCUCUGGCUUGGGUUCCAAGUUCCGCAUAUGAUCACGAACAUGGCCAAAGACGCGAAACGAGUGUAUCCACAUGCUGUUUCAUUGAUGGAGACAGUCAGGACGUACGGUCAGACACUGGACCUGGUGGAAAAGAACCAGGGAAUUGAGUGGCUUGUUGCCGAGUACCGGAAUGAUGCACAGAGGAUGGUCGCCAAAGGCAUGAACAUCCGUUGGGACCAUUUCGUCAACCAUUAUGACACUGCCCGCUUCGUAUCAGGCGCGGAUGGACGGGACAAUAGACAUAUCCAGUUCGUCAGGGAAUUUGCGAGUGUAGUUUCUGUUCUACAGGACAAAACAAACAACGUGAUCGAUCUGUAUCGGGACAUCCUUCGUGCAGUCGAAGACCUUGCGACCUGCCCGUAUACUAGCGAGGCAUUCUUGGAGUUGCUGAGCAGGAUACAAGCUGCGAUCGAUCGCUUGAACUUGGAAGGAUAUGCAAAUCUGGAACACUGGGUCGCGGAGCUCGAUAAACGAAUAGAAGGUAUCCUAUUGCAACGAUUGGUCCAUAUCAUUCAAGUGUGGUGCUCCGAAUUCGACCGUGUUGAUGACGAUGGCCGCCGUGACAUGAUAUCAUUGCGUGACCUAACGAACAAACGAAGAGCCGGCAAGGGCAGCCGAGAAGAGAAGUUCGUUGAAGGAAGUAUUGCCAUCAAACCUAUUGUGCAUGAGAUCCGGAUACAAGACCAGGUUAUUUUCUUGGAUCCCCCAAUAGAAUAUGCACGUUCCACAUGGAUCAAACAACUACAUGAUUGGCUCGGUGUUAUCUGUCGGCUUCGUCGGAUCCAGAGUUCGCGAUACGAGAUUGGGUUGCAGAUGCAGCGGAACCUUGCAUCAGAGACAACCUAUACAUCUUUGCUUACCCACUUCCCUGACAAUACCCUCGAGCGGCCUUUUGCGUUAAUCGAACUCAAGGUUCAGCAGCUCAAAGACUACGUCGCAAAAUGGCUACAAUUCCAGUCCCUCUGGGAUCUCGAGGCCGAAUACGUCUUUAACCGCUUAGGCGAUUCACUGGCCCACUGGCAGCAACUUCUCACCGAAAUUAAGAAAACACGUUCGACGUUCGACACAUCGGAGACGCAACGCAGCUUCGGAGUAUGUAUCGUCGACUACGAGCAGGUACAGGCCCGAGUCAACGCCAAGUACGACGCAUGGCAGCGUGACAUAUUGAGUCGAUUCGGCGUGAAGCUUGGGAAUGCGAUGAAGGAGAUGCAUGCUGCGAUCUUGAAAGCGAGGAACGAACUUGAGCACCACUCCAUCGAGGGCCUUGUUGGGGGUGUGAGGAGGUUCUAAUAGGUACAUGCUGUCAUCGAAUUUUUCUGAAUACCCCCCUUCUCCCUCUCUUUUCAAUUCCCGUCCACUUUCACCCGUCCAUUCAUUUGAUCGUGAUCGCUGGGUCGUUCGUCCGUUCCCUUUUUAUGUGGAUUUUUGACUCGCACUCUCCUUCCGCUACUACUGUAUCAGAUAGGAUACGCAUAUAUAUACUUGUGUAAUGGUGGAUAUAUCCUG